GCUCAGCCCAUCACACCUCUCUGUCCUUUGUGUCUGUUCACUCUUUGUCUCCCUAUCAGUCUUCCAUCUAUCCGUCCAUCUAUCCAUCCUCCCUCUAUGUAAAUAAUGUCCAGUUUCAGGGUUCUGUCCCUCAGCCUGCUGGGAGGCUCGUUGCUGCUGCUGCUGCUGUCUGCUGUUUGUGAGGCGAAGGAUUACGGCCUGUUCACGCCGCAGCCAGACUACGACUCCGACUACAACGCCACCUUUGAGUACAGCUUCUUCAGUAACAGCAGCAUGGAGGAUCUGGAGCGGUUCAGAGAAGAAUUCAUGGGCCCGGGGGAAGAGACGGAGGAGGAGGAGGAGACGGGAGGAGAGGAGGAGACGGGAAGAGAGGAGGACUCGCCGGAUGCAACUGUUGCUCCAGCAACAACCAGAAGAACCACAGUGAAGAACAGCAUCUAUGUUUACAGCGCUGCAAUACCUCCUUUUUAUCCGGAGCUCAGGAUGCUGGUCUGGACUCCUGUGAUCCUCAUGGUCCUGAAGACACAACUGUUGUGAGCUGCCAGCCCGCACGCAUGCUCAAAGCUGUUGGUCUAUGUUGGUGGAUGAGACUUCCAGCUCAGCGUUGACUGAAUCUCAGCCCUGAUCACGGCUGCCCAGCGAGGGACCGGGUGAAGCUCAGCCAAUCACAUACCUUUGCUUCUCAGCAGUCCAACUGUGUCCAACUAUAACACUGUUUCAAACUCUAUUUGCUUUAUCACAUACGGAAUAUUUUCGGAGGGAAAACAGGCCUAAGAUUUUCUACAUUGUAUGUAUAUGCUGGAAUUAUAUGAAAGUAUGGAUGUUUAUUGAUGCCAAAACUGCGUAUUUAACGUUUUCUUUUAGAAAUUACUUUUAUAUUUGAGAAAGAAAGUCUGUCUUUGAAGGAAAAAUAUCAGGGAGUUAAUCUAAUGAUUAUUUUUAAAUUUCAAGUAUGCUGAUGCAAGAAAAUGUAACAAUGUUUUAAUUUUCCAUGAAAUCCUCAGUCUUCCAUUCAAACAUCCUCUCUGAACCAAGAUAUGCAGGGUUUCCAAAAGGAACAGAUUUACCUGCUAUUUGUCAACAUGAAAGUUAUUGGAAAUAUUUCCUACAAAGGUUCAAAAUUAAGUAUAUCGGACCCAAUAUCCUCCAUUUCAUGGCUCCUUCACUUUAAAGGAACAGUAAGAAAAUCUUUUGUUUCUAUUGAAACUCUUGUAAUUUAUGUUGGCCUCCAUUGUUGAGAAAUGGAUCAAAUUGUUUAUUUAAGUUAUCAAUAGAUGGUGAACCUUUAUCAAAUUCAGUGUGGCCCCGAAAAAGUAUUGUGUGGUCGCGGGUUUACUUGAUGUCGUUUUCUUUUUUUCCAACAAAUAUAAAACAUGGUGCAGAUUGAGUAUGCUUUUGACAUGCUUUCUCCUUACCAUCUUCUUCCUCUUUUAUUUAUUGGCGAUUGCAAAACAGUGGAAGUGGUAGUUUGCUAAAUCGGUGGAAAUCAGUGUAAAUGGUAGACCAGUGUAAAGGAGCCACAGUACUAAUGAAGAAAACUCUGUCAUAUGCAAUCUGUCAGGCUACUGCCACUCAUAAAUACAAUAAUGAAUACAUACUUGGCCUAUUGUAAAGCUCCUCUAAUGUGAACAUAUUCCAAGACUUAUCUUUAAAAAAAAGGACAAGACUUUACUAUAAAAUGUACUUACUUACAUCAAACCAAAACCAGCAUCUUUCCUGAACCAAAGGGCUUCUGUUGCAGGUGGAUGUGAACCACAAGUCUCUGGUUUCACUCACCUCAACAUCUUCCUAAAUGUGAUAUGGUAUUUUGUUUUGUUUUCUUACAACUGAACAUAACAGUGGAAAUAAAUAGUAAUAAAAAGUUUCUUUGUGGCUGACAGAGUUUUGCGAGCAUGGAGCAGAAUCACACUUUAAAGACUCUGAAUAUUGUGCUUUAAAAAAAAACACACACACACAAAAACUACACCAAAAAAAAGCUGUUAAAAAGCUCACUUAGAAAUCAUUUAUCAUAACCUUUUUAGAUGGAUUUUUAUUUUUAUUUUUUUUUAAAUGAAAACCGACCAUCUCAAAUCAGAAAAAAACUAUUACCUUUUUAUCAUGUUUUCAUUCCAGCUCUGGUACUGAACUCAUUGUUCUUUAGUAAUGUUUGUUCGAAUAUGUCUUUGUUUUGUGAUAAAUUAACUUUCAUGGCCUCUCAGAGCUAGUAUCACUUCCUCUGGGCCAGUAGCACCUUCCAAUGCUAAAUGUUCUUCACAGAGAUCAAAUAUAAGCUCACGAAAAUGUUAAACGACACAGAAAGGUCACUUCAAAUCACUUCAAAUCUAAACUGUCCUGCUCUGACUGUAUGGUUCUCUCUAUUAGUUCUUUUUUUCAUAUUAUAAUAAGCCUCUUUCAACCAGUUUAUCUCUGCAAAUAAUUUCACAUCAUUUUUUAAAUCUGUAGUUACACUGUGAAUUAAAUGACCAGCACUUUUUCAACAAGCAGCACUUAUCAGUUCAUGUUUUCCUUGUUGCAGGCUGUAAAGAAUGAUAACAAAAUGAAAAAAUGUGCACUACAUAGAUCUGGGCUCCACCAUCAAUAUCAUUUUGAUCUAUACUUUUAGAUAAUCAAGAAUUGAUUGUCAUUAAUCUUUUUUUUUCCAAUAGUGCUGAAUUCAUUGUGUAAAAUGUUUUGAACAGUUGUGUUUUUGGUUAAUGGUUUUAAAAAAUAAUGGUUUGAAUAGUGUAUACAUUUCUUACUAAGUUCAUUUUACUCUUGUAGAACAUUCUUACAGGUUUGGUAGAUGUUAAAAUCCAGUACACACAAAUCAAAAGUACUCCUUUUUUCAGAGCUGCCUCCUCCAAAGCAUACAGAUGCAUGAUGCCUUUGAAAUGAUGCUGAAAUACAACAGUACAUGUUCCAGUAAAGUUUUCCCACUAAACCUUUAAAACUUGCAAGCAGCUUGCAGAGAGAUGUUUGAAAGAUGUAUAUGUGCUUUAUCAUUUAUAUUUGUGUUUUGCAAUAAAAUGCUUAAAACAUCU